CACAAGUGCGCCUCAGACUUCUGCGCUGGGCCAUGUAACAUCUGCUGUCGCCAUGGAGCCGCCCGACACGAGCGUUCUCCUUUCCCCUCCUGAAGAGACUCUAAACCCCCCAUUGCCAAAUGAGGCUGUAAGCUCUUCGCUACCAAAUCUCACACCACGGCAUCAAGAACUCAUCCCGACUCCUUGCGGUCCUAUCAAGCCAUGGUCGGAACUGUCCUCCCCGGUCAAGAUCUAUUUCUGCGUCACCAUCCUCUCGCUGCUGAGUGUCCUCGGAUUAACCAUCGAGAACCUCGUCCUGCAAAAAGAUGAAAACUUCACCGUCUCGCUCAUUCAGUUCAUUGGAGUGGUCUUCUGCAUCUACUAUGUGAGCCGGGGGAUCCUGCAAGAGAACCACCAAGAGCUCAUAGUGUUUGUGUUCUCCGUCUCGCUGGUCAUGCUGCGCUCCAUCGUCAACUUCACAGUGCUGUCCGCCAAGCAGAAGCCAAAGUUGCUGGCUCGCUUCGUCCUGAUCCUUUUGGUUGGUGCCUUCGACGUGAUCUGCGCCGUCGUCCUGAUCCAGAGCGAUAGCAUGAUGGCCUUCCGGGUGGGCGGAGCCUUGCAGAGCCUCCAGGCCCAGUACUUCAUGCUGAAUCUCUGCUUUUCCAUGCUGACCUUCGACCUCCAAGCUCAGCUCUGCUUGUGUGUUCUGCUGCUCACCACCAUCCGGGAGAUCUCAGUGCUGCACAGCGUCUUCUUGGCUGUUGGGAUUCUUUGGGCUGUCCUAAAAGUCACAUGCGGCAUCACGGCGAUCCUAAAAGAGUUAAAACCUCUAGCCUGGAUUUUCCUGACUCAGAAUUUACCUGAAGUGGCUUACCUCGCCUACCUGCUCUACACAGUCAUCGAAGAGUGGGGCCAAGGGAACUCCUACGCGCUAGAAGCUGCUGUCAUCACCUGCUCCUGCAUCUCCGUGAUGAUCAAAAGCGUGCUCUUCUGGGCUUUGUUCCAUGUCUACCGCAGCUUUGGGCAGGGGCUGAGAGAAAGGAUGUUUUCUUCCUAUGGAAGGAUCGAGUCGUGACGUGGUUCUCCCUUCGCCAGGCCUGCAGCGGUGCUCUUAUAGAGUGAAAACGUCUUCGGGGAGUCCCGAACUUCCCGUUUACGUGGGAAAGAGAGGCCGAAGAGCAAAUAUCAGCCAGAGAGGCUCAGCUACAAAGGUCAACCAGGACACGUCCACACGACCUUCCACGCUUCAGGCUCGUAGCCGGGGCUGUCUCUGGAUGCAGCCAGCAGCUCCAUCUUGAAACCUCGUCGAAUUCCCGACCUAAUCACACCAUUCCCGUUUUAAAUAACAUUGGUGCCGCAUCAUCUGUUAUCAUGCUGUGACGCCCUCUAGGCGUGGCGUGUGUUGCAAGUGGGUGCCGCCGCUCGUGAUCAAUUUUCUGCUUUCUCUCCCUUCUCCGUAAGCCUGCAUGUAGAUUAGUUCAGCUUGGGCGUUUUGCCCUUGGUAGGCCCGGACAACAGUGGCACCCGGUCAACUUGAGAUUCGGCAGCCUGGCUCAGGACUGGGAGCCCUCUUUUGUGAUUUUACAUGGCCAAACGCUCCAUCUUUGUGCAACCAGGAGCCGUCGUUCUUUCCCCCAUCUCCCUCUCACUCAGAAAAUAAAGGGUAUCUGUUUUAAGAUGCCACCCCCUAGACAGUACCUUGCGUUCAGAUUCAGGUCUCCUGCUUAGAACUGUAAAAGGCCGAGCUGGGUGGACACAUCUGUCCAUCUCUUUGGUUGCAACUCUGAAUUUGCCUGGCGUUAAAACACAGAUGGCUUUGUUCAGUUUGAAACACUAAUCAAACUGCAUAGGGUCUUUCUCCUGCAACCACCUUCCAGAGGCCCAGAGGCCCUACACAGCUACUGAAGUACCAGACAGCGUGCACGGAGGGGUGCGGGCACUGGGCUGCAGCAGUACUAGAUACCUUCAAGUUUGCAGGAUGAGUUUUCACUCAUCUUUCGCCAUUGAUUCUGAUCCUGUUUCUUUGGUAGAGAGGGUGUCCAGGAAUACCUAGCCGGUUUUGCUCCAUCGUUCACUUCUGGGAUGUCGGGGGUCAGCGGUGGAGACACCCAAGACAGCAGCUUGUGCCUCAAGGGUGGCUCUCUCACGAGAAAUGAACAGUGAGGACAGGGGGAAAUGCUAUCCCUGGAGGUUAGAUGGAGAGAAGCUGCCCGCCCACCCGCCCUGAGCCAGCUCCAGAAUUUUGGGAGCACUUCUGUCAAGAUCUAUCAGAACAUUAGACCAGAAAGUGUUUUGGACUUCAACUCCCAGCAUUCCUGUCCAUUGACCAUGCUGGCAAGGCUUUCUGGGGUUGAAAUCUCAAGCACCUGGAGGUCUUCCUUCUGCCCACCCCUGCCUGAGACAACAACAGCUAGAGAAGGAUGGGGUGAGUGGAUUCAGAGCUCGCUUAAUCCCCCUCUGCUCCCGACACUCAACUCUGCAAUACAGUGGAGAGAAAGCUCCUCUUGUGAGGGCUACACAAAAAACUGAUGACCUUGAUCUUGCUGGUGUCUGUUGGGUUGGUGGUCCUUCACCCAGCUGUAAAUCCUGGUCCUUCCCCGCAAGCCAGUCUACCUCUGGUACGGGACAUGUGGUCAUGUUUGUUCCCCCUCUUUUCUGGAAAAGGCAAAUGGCUUAGGCUGCUUAACCAUGGAGGACUGUUUGGCAUCAUUCCGUAGCACAAAACCACUUCUGCUUCUGAUCUGCAUAGCAAAGCUGCAUUAGUAAAACAGCCCAACUUACCCCAUGGAAGCAUAGGCUGUAUUUUUGCCCCUGCAUAUGGAAAUAUGAGUCGGGGCGUCACUCUUCUGUGAGCCCCAGUACGCCGCCAGUCACUCAGACGACGUCUCCAGCUCCCACCGACUAAAGCUACAGCGAGUUGCUUGUGUCUGUGUAUUAGCAUGGCUGAUUUCUUGCUAAAUCCAAAUAACUUUUCUUACGUUAGAAAAAUCCUCAGCCUCCAAAGCUGACCUCACAAAUUUUAAUAUCUUUUUUUUUUUGUUUUGGUCCUGUUCUUUCAAAAUAACCAAGUCCCAGCUAUGUGAGUGUCUUAACCGAAGUACUGUUUCACAGCAGAGUUUUUGUUUUUGGAAAAAAAGAAAUGUUUAAUACUGUAAUUUUAAAGCGUUAAUUUGUUAAGAGGUUUGUUACUGGCCUUGUAUUUUUCAAUAAA